UUCCAAAUAAACCAAAGAUUAUAGAUCCAAUCGAUCACACAAAAACGACAAGUGUAGGAAGGUGAGAGGAAAAACACAUAAAAAUAUCCAACACAUCCAGAUUACUGAUUAGGGAUCGAAACACAGAGAUCUAACCCUAAUUUCACAUCUCCCUCCGAUCCGAAUUCCAUCAAUUUCACUCCCGAUCUCCUUCUACAAUGGCCGAUUCGACAUUCAGCGGUGAUGAAACUGCACCUUUCUUCGGAUUCCUCGGUGCCGCUUUUGCACUCGUCUUCUCAUGUAUGGGGGCUGCAUACGGUACGGCGAAGAGUGGUGUAGGCGUGGCAUCUAUGGGAGUUAUGAGGCCUGAGCUGGUGAUGAAAUCUAUUGUUCCGGUUGUUAUGGCUGGUGUGCUCGGUAUUUAUGGUUUGAUUAUUGCUGUUAUUAUCAGUACCGGAAUCAACCCCAAGGCGAAAUCUUAUUAUCUGUUUGAUGGCUAUGCACACCUUUCCUCUGGUUUGGCUUGUGGUCUGGCUGGUCUUUCCGCUGGAAUGGCUAUCGGAAUUGUUGGUGAUGCUGGUGUUAGAGCAAACGCUCAGCAGCCAAAGCUCUUUGUGGGCAUGAUUCUUAUCCUCAUCUUCGCCGAAGCCUUGGCCUUAUACGGUCUUAUUGUGGGUAUCAUCUUGUCUUCCCGAGCGGGUCAGUCCAGAGCAGAUUAAGAAGUGACAGCACCUUUGCAUUUCUCGGUAUGUAGUUAUUCUGAAAAAAAUGAAGAUUGGUUCCAUUUUUAUGCUUGUCUGGCAGCUUUUGAACAACGAUUAUUGCUUGCAUUCUUUUGUGGUGUUUAUGAUUGUGGAAUAAGAGUUAAAUUGCUCGUGUCCGUUGUGUACUUUUGACCUAUGUUUUGAGCACUGUAGAGACUAUUACUGUUUCAUUAUGGUGUUUAUAUAUUCA